CUUGUGUGCUGUACUGUUUAAAAACCAGCUGGAAAGGACUUCAGAGUGUCUCUAAGGAGGUGAUGAAGAGCCUGGCUAAGAGGAGGAAAGGGAGGAAGAGGGCCCUCGCCUAAGGAAUCCAUUGGCAGAAGCCCGGGAGGAAGCACAGACCCUUGCUCCCUGACGUCCCCGGGGGCCAGGAUGGGGCAGCAGUUCAGCUGGGAGGAGGCAAAGGAGAACGGCGCGAUGGACGUGGCGGAGCUGCAGGAGUGGUACAAGAAGUUCGUGGAGGAGUGCCCCAGUGGCACGCUCUUCCUGCACGAGUUUAAGCGCUUCUUCAAGGUCGCGGGCAACGAGGAGGCCACCCAGUAUGUAGAGGGCAUGUUCCGAGCUUUCGACAAGAACGGGGACGAGACCAUCGACUUCCUGGAGUAUGUGGCAGCCCUGAACCUUGUGCUGAGGGGCACCCUGGAGCACAAGCUGAAGUGGACCUUCAAGAUCUAUGACAAGGACCGCAAUGGCUUCAUUGACCGCCUGGAGCUGCUGGACAUCGUGGAGUCCAUCUACAGGCUGAAGAAAGCCUGCAGGGUGGAGAUGGAGACUGAGCAGCAAGGCGACCUGCUCACACCUGAGGAGGUCGUGGACAGGAUCUUCCUUCUGGUGGAUGAGAACGGAGAUGGCCAGCUGUCCCUGAAUGAGUUCAUUGAAGGUGCCCGUCGUGACAAGUGGGUGUUGAAGAUGCUGCAGAUGGACGUGAAUCCCGGUAGCUGGAUCUCUCAGCAAAGGCGGAAAAGUGCCAUGUUCUGAGGGCUCCGGGGUCCUGGGAGCCCUCCAAGACUCCAGGCUCACCAGGUUUCCAGAGCAGUGGGAGGGUCCCUGGCUCAGCCUGCUUAUGCCCACUCUUAUCCUGGCUUGGACUUCCUGGCAUCCCCUGUGCAGGACUUCCUGGCAUCCCCUGUGGGGCUGAGUGGGGUGGGGAGGGGCCGUUGGUCUGAAGUGGCCAACAGGACCGGGUCCAUUGGGAGGAUUCACAGGGUGGUGAAGGGAACAGGCUUCCUCUCCCCCUUCAGCUGCUCCUGGGAAAGCUAUGCCUUGGCUAGGUGGUUGUGGGGUUUCCACAAAUUCUUACAUGGUCCAUAGCUGGAAGCAGGGAAAACUGAGGGGUAGGGGUUCCAUAGAUGAAAUUAGCAAUGUGAAUGCCUACACAGUGUGAAACUGACUAGUAGAAGGGUGGGGCUGGCAGGUGUUGUUGACUCUGAAGAAAGGUAGGAAUUGGGGAGAAGGGAUGGAUAAUAAUUACAUCCCCCCAGGAUCCUGAGGAAUGUUCAUGGGAGGACUCUUGCCUCUUCCUCUCCAAGUUGUCCUUGCCAGGGGUGUCAGGAGGGAAACUUGCAACAAGUAAGGCCGUGGUCUUCCUGCCCUUGGAGGGGGUCAGCUGUGCUUAAAGGGGCUGUUUCAGCUCUGCCCUGGGGCUGCUCCCCCAGCCCCUGCUGCCAACCCCUCCCAACCCUCCCCUCCCCCUCCCUACCCCUCAUCCCUCACACUCACCUCUCCAACCCCCGCCCCCAGAGUGGACCCUCCACAAUUCCCCGUCACAAGCCCACAAGCCAAAUGUGUCUCCUUAAAGGAUGGAGAAAACUUUCCUCUGUCUCUGGGGAGAACUGGGGCCUGCCAACCUGGGUUCUAGGCCAGGCUUUGCCUCCAACUGCUGUGUGACCCAAGACGGUCAUUUCUUUUCCCUAACCUUGGUGUCUCAUCUGCACGGUGAGCAGGUUGGACUAGACAAGCAGUUUUCAGAUUAUUACUUUUUUAGAUGUGGAAUUCUUUUUUUUUUUUUCUUUUUGGCUGCACUGCACAGCUUGUAGGAUCUUAGUUCCCCGACCGGGGAUUGAACCCAGGCCCUUGGCAAUGAGAGCGCGGAGUCCUAACAACUGGACCGCCAGGGAAUUCUCUAGACGUGGAAUUACUUUUGUUAUACAAACUCUAUGUGCAACCCCAGUACAUAAACUAGAUUAAAAGGCAGUCACUCUGGGGCUUCCCUGGUGGCGCAGUGAUUAAGAAUCCGCCUGCCAAUGCAGGGGACACGGGUUUGAGCCGUGGUCCGGGCAGAUCCCACAUGCU